CGCCGGGCGAUGUGGACAGGCCAGGAUCAGAAAGAUGGAUGAGAAUGUUGCCGAGUUUCUCCGGAGGAGCAUCUUGAAAAUCCCCUUGCAUGCGAUAAAGACCAUCCUAAAAACCUGGGACUUUCUGUCCGAAAACCAGCUGGAGACCAUAAACUUGAGGCAGAGGAAGGAAUCUCUGGCCCAGGAAAUAAUUCUGCUGUCCAAGGGGAAGAAUGCAACUCUUGAUGACAUGGCCCUCUUAGACAUCGUGUAUACUCAAGUUCAUCGGCACAAGAAGCUCUGGGAUGUCUUUGAGAUGAGUAAAGAACCAGGUGAAGAUGUCGACCUUUUUGACAUGAAACAGUUCCAAGGUUCCUUUAAGAAAAUUCUUCAGAGAGCAUUAAAAAAUGUUUCAGUCAACUUCAGAGUCGACCAGAAGAAUGCUGUGUGGAUUCAGGUUGCCUGGGGAACACAACAUUCACAACCAAACCAGUACAAACCCACUUUUGUGGUGUACUAUCCCCAGACUCCAUAUGCCUUCAUUUCUACCUGCCCUCUGAAGACCACUGUACCCCUUCUCCAUCAGGCCCUGAAGGUUGCGAGCAAACACCAUCAGAUAGUGCACCUGAAUCUGAAAAGCCGGCACCUGGACUAGCUCAAGGCUAUCAUUUUUAGAGAGUAUAACCAGAACUUUGACAGCCACAACACCACAGUGCCUCUGCAGGAAGGAAGCUUUGGACUAGACGUGAAUUUGGAUUCAAACAUCAUUCUUGAAAACACAGAAGAAAAAGAAAGAAUCCAAAGAGUCACUCAGGAGACCUUUGGAACCUAUUCCCAGCCACAGCUGGAAUUUGCACAGUAUAAGCUGGAGACCAGAUUCAAGAGUGACAUAAGUGGCGGCAUCUUGGCUGACAGGAAAGAACCCCUCCGGUGCCUCAUAAAGUUCUCAAGCUCACACCUUUUGGAAGCAUUGAAAUCCUUAGCACCCGCCGGCAUAGCAGAUGCACCGCUUUCUCCACUGCUCACCUGUAUACCAAGCAAGAAAAUGAAUUAUUUUAAAAUUAGAGAUAAAUGAGAUACAUGUGGCUUUGCUCGUAUUGCACAUAGAAUCCCGGUUGUAGCCGGCUGGCUUCUGUAUAGACUCUUGUGUUUUAGAAAUCAAUCCUUGGCAUUGGAAAGUCGGUGCUUUUAAUGUAACUGUUGGGACUAUAUAUGUCCUCCCUAUGUGCUCUUGUACCCCUGCUCCUAUGGCCUGCUAAUUAAAUUACAGCAGCAGUGGGCAUUUGAGAAGCGAUACCUCUGGCUGCUCAGCAGGUCUUAGGCCAGCUGCAUAAAGGUAUAAAAGGCUUUAGC